CAAACAUUUCUUGAAGCAAUUUUCUGAGCCGAUUGAUCGAAUGUUUACAGUAUAGGUUUUCAAUAACACUUUGCCUAAAGGCAAAAAAAUGCCUCCGGUACAAAUGUGAUUGUGCGAUAAAAUUUAUCAUCGUAUGGAUAAUACUAUUCUUUUACAGUAAAGUAUAUGGAAAAUCAAUGUUGUAAAGAGCUUUAUGAUUCGUGAUCAAGGUAUCUCAGAGGGAUGGCAUGAUUAUGACGAGAAAGCCAUUAAAGCCCGAUAGUUAUGACAUACGAUAUUGACACAAAGACAACGUGAUCAAAUAAUUCUGCUAACUUCUUGAUCCAAUAUCUUCCCAGGACGUCCUACCAUUGAAAAUGCUGAAAACCAAUGGACAUUGAGCCGUGGAGAUUGCAAUGCGAACGAUUCUAUUGUUUUUUUUCGUUCAAUUCAAUCUGAAGAAAGAUACGGAGAUAUUACGAUUUAGAUUAUAAGAUGCUUUCAUUUUUAUGGAAACAGCAUUAAAUCUUUUCUUAUCGUUUUAAGCGCAAACAAUUAUUACAAUGAUGAAACUUGGAGUAAUUACUUUAAAAUAUUGAAAGGAAGUUAAGGAAAUUUAUUGUUAUAAAUGAGAAACACACUGGAGAUUAAUUGCAAAUCAAAAUUGAAAAAGCAUUCGUUCGUCUAGGAAAGUGUUGUUUAAAGUCAAAGGAUAUUAAAAUGUCUGUGCAAUCAAUUUCUCUGCAAGUGCCGAAAGUAAAAAAGCGAAAAUGGGGAAAGAAACCAAAGCCUGGAGAAAGUUUAAAGAUGCUGGCCGCUGGCUCGCUAGCAUUUGCAAAAGCAUACAGCUCAGUGGAAAAGUUAGAGCACGAAUUGGAAGCAGAGAUACAAAGAGACAAAGAAAAUGACCCUGACAAAGGAAAAGGAAUACACAAAUGGCGACGGAAAUGUGGUAAAUUGUUGCUCAGCAAAUACAUAUUGUUGUUCAUUGUUGUACUCAACAUUAUUGACUGUGCAUUGGUUCUUGGAGAGUUGAUACUUGAUCUGCAUCAUGUUAAAGAUAUACUUUUUGAAACACAGCAAUCGUCAGUUAUGUUUCUAGAAACCCUGCAAACGAGGUAUCCACAUCACUUCUCUGGGAUUCCUGGCGACCGCAUAGACAUCGCUUACGAAAAGAUAUUACUCGGCCAACUUUCUUGGAUAUCGCCACAAACGGACACUAAUACAAGUUUGCAAUCGGCACUAAUAGGCGAUAAAAAUGACACAGCGUUCAUGGUAAAAGCGGCAUCAUAUGAACAAACAAAAUAUAUCAAUGAUAGUGGAUUCGCGUCUAAAACAAUAUAUUCAAACUCUAAUAUAGCAUUUAUGCAGUCAAACAAUAUAAGUGAAACUAGUGAUGUCAACUCAUCUAUGCAACAAGAUCACGAGGACUCCGUGCUCAGACUUGUGGGAUAUAUAUUUCACAAGACAAGUUUAUCCAUCAGUGUUAUACUUGUUUUAUAUAUUUUACUCAAGAUAAUUUGUUUUGGUAGACAUCUCCUCGACAGACGCUUAGAGGUAUUUGACACAUUUGUUAUAAUGACGUCAUUUGUAGUAGAUAUGAUAUUUGUGAAGGGAUUGUCCAUGUACACGUUGAAGCAGUUUGUCUAUAUACUCGCUUUCAUGCUUCCCUGGCGGGUCAUUCGGGUAACUAAUAGUUUGGUUGUGGCAGUGAAGGAUCACGAACAUUUCCGACUGAAGAUGUUAUUUACACAGAAGAAAAAGAUUGAGCAUGAGAACAAACAGAUACGAAUUGAUCGUGAUAAUUACAAGGAACAGGUCGAAUCUUUAAAGAAAUUAUGUCUCAGUGAAGGUAUAGACGACUGGAAAAUUUUCCAAAGCCUAGCAAGGCAACGACCAGGUGGUAAAGGAGCGAUGGGAUCAUUUGCUAGUCUUGCUUUUGGGGCAUUCGGGAACAAAUCUUCUAGUUUUUGGUCUGUUUUGGGUACACCUAAAUUGAGAAGAGGUAAAUCGAUGGACUUAGUAGACAAUAAAGUGAGCAGCGUUGAUUGUAGGUAUCAAACAAACGAUAAACGUCAUAGUAAAGGCAAGAUUUUAUCCUUUCUCGGUUCAUCUGCUGACUUUUUCAGCAAAAAGCGUAAAAAUGGUCAUCAUAUAUCUGUUGAUAGUGACCCAGGUAUUGCUGUUAACUACCUGAAGCAUAAUGCGGCAGUUCAUCAAAAUGGCCAUAUAGGUAAAAGACUUGUACGUGGAGAAACUAUAGAUACGCUAUCUACAGAUUCUAUAGACUGUCUGAAUGAUAAACCACAUUGUGAAAAUGUUGAUGAUUACUCAAAAGAGGAAACUGCUGACUCUAGUUUAUUUGGGGAAGAGACAAAUUCUGUUUCUCAUAAUGACGAUGAAUCAGCAUCUAUGCAAAGAACUCAAAGUGACAUUACACCGUGUAGACCGUUCCUUUGCCGAAGUGAUAGAAUAAGGGAAGAGACUGGGUCACUUGACAGACCAAGGAGCGCUUCCAUUGGUGCAUCAACUCAAAAUCGUCUGACUGUAGAUCAUCACGCAGUGUUUUACUCUGUUAGUUCAAAUGAGUCUGUUUUCAGUAAAAAAGAGGACGUUUGACUAUAGCAAACGUGUUUAAAACAUUAAAAACAUAUCAAUGUU